AUGUUUCAGUAUCAAACAAAGACACGGGAUCUUUACUAUGACAAAGCGAUUGAUCUGUAUGUAAGAGAGGGGCUCUCAUACAGACAGAUUGCUAAGAUUCUUCCGGUAAGUAAGACUACGAUUAUGCGAUGGAUUGCUAUCUUUGCAGAAGAGAAUCCGCACGCACAACGUAUGGUGAAGCUUACGACGAAUGUUAAGACGCGGAAAGUUGAGUCUGUCCAGACGGAGCCGUCUUCCGCGAAGAUGCCUGAGGAUGUACAAUCUCUUCAGGAAGAAGUACUACGCCUGCGCGCCCAGCUUGAGAAAGCGGAAAUCAAAGCCGAGGCCUACGAAGAACUGAUCAAUGUUGCCGAGUCCAAGUUCAAGAUCUCGAUAAGAAAAAAAGCUGGCGCCAAGCAGUAG